UCAAAAAUUAUCGUUAUCGCUAUAAAAGGAGGACUUCGAAAUUUAUUCAUAAUGUCACAGAUUGAAUAUUCGGGUUUAGAUAUUACGCAAGAAGCUCUCAAAGUUAUCAAUGUGGCCGCCAAUGUAACACCUUUUGGUUCCUUGAUAUCAGGAAUAACUGACCUUAUUUCUGAUAUUAUUAAAUUUUAUAAUACAGCUCAAUGCAAUAAAAAAAUUUGUAGCGCAUUAUUAGAUCGUGCGCAAAGUGCUGAACUUGCGCUUAAAUCAUUAAACAAAAAAAAGCAAGAAAAUGAAGAAAAUUUUCGCAAAAAAGAAUAUUAUCAUGCUUUUCUUAGGUUCGAGAUGGUAUUGCAACAAAUUAAAGAUUUUGCCAUAGAUGUUACACAACUUCAAGGAUUUGAAAAAAUUUUUAAAGCAAACUUAGUUUCGGAAAAAUUCACACAAUUAACAAAUGACUUCGAUAGAGUGAUAAAAGAUUUAAAUUUUACAAUGGCCAUAUCGAGUGAUGAGCAAAGGAUAAAUGACCAGAAAAAUCUGAAAGAUAAUCUUGAUGAAAUGAAAAAGUUGUUGAUUAUGAAGAAACAAAUGUCAAAUAAAGCUAAUGACAAUACGUCAAUAAUAAAUGAAAUUCGAACAUGGCAAAUUGUAUCAAAUGAGUUAAAAGAUCCUUUUCCAGGACAGAAAGAUGACAUUAGAGGUGUAAUUGUUAAAAAAGUGCUUGGAGAAUACGAAGAUGUUGCCUGUAAACCUGUCACCCUUCCAAAGGAAGAUUCACGAAACUCUAAAAGAAUUCUAUCACAAUUAGUGAUCCUGGAAAAAUUAAGCAAUAGACCGAAUAUUCUCAAAUUUUAUGGUCUUUCUUACAUUGAUAACAAAAAUAUUAUAGUUUUUGAAUGGGCCGAGUUGGGAAAUCUUAAAGAAGUUUAUAAAAAGAAUGAUAUUCCAUGGUAUAAUAAAAUACUUUUAGCGCUUGAUAUUUGUUGA